AUGCCGCCACUUUCAACCAGAGCUCGUAGAGCACAAAGUCCUCUCCAUGAUUACCCCAAUUGUAUCAGCAAAAAUGCUUCAUCUAACCACCGAGCCUCCUUGGAAAAAGAUAUUGAGCAGCUGCAAUUACAAUUGCAGCAGGAGAAAUCUAUGGGCAUGGUGCUCGAGAGAGCAAUGGGCAGAGUUUCUAGUACUUUAUCUCCUGGUCAUAGGCAUUUUGCUACUCAGACAAAAGAGUUGAUUGCAGAGAUUGAGUUACUAGAAGAAGAGGUUGCAAACCGUGAGCAGCAAAUGCUCUCCCUCUACAGGAAUAUUUUUGAAAGUUGUGUUAGUCGGGCACCUUCUCAGCAAAACUCAGGCAUGACGUCUCCUGCACAUAUGAAGCAUGCUUCCAGGAAACACCCAAGUGUUAUCUCAAGUGCUUUCUGCUCUUCGAUAAAGUUCCCUUUACGACCUUUGCAAGCUCUGGUUUCAGUCACUGACUCAGAGAAAAGGACCUCCAAAGCUAGUGAUGCUCCAUUAUUCCAUCGUAAAAGUGACAUUCGUUCUGAGAAGAACUGUUCCGACCAGGUUAAGGCUCAUGAGAAAGUACCAGCCACAGAGAAAACUCCUGUGCUACGAACUCUGAAGGAUCAUCUCUACCAGUGCCCCAGCAAGUUGUCUGAAGAGAUGGUUAGAUGUAUGGUUGCGGUAUAUUUCUGGCUCUGCAGUGCAAAAUCUGUAGCUUCUGGAAAAAACAGAUCACCUUUAUUGUCAAGGUCAUCCACAAAUGUUAUACUUCCCGGACGUGGUAUUGGAGAGGAUCGAGAUUGCUCUUGCAAAUCCCUGGUAGAAAUAUCUUGGAUAUCAACUGAUAAAAGCCAGUUCUCUCGUGCAUCAUAUGCCAUCAAUAAUUAUAGAGUUCUAGUGGAGCAACUGGAAAGGGUGACGGUGACUCAGAUGGAUAACAGUGCCAAAACUGCAUUUUGGAUCAAUGUGUAUAAUUCGCUUGUUAUGCAUGCAUAUUUAGCAUAUGGAAUCCCCCAUGGCUCUCUGAGGAGGUUAGCCUUGUUUCACAAGGGAAUGAAAAUUGAUGGGCUUUUCUGUAUAGUGCAGGCUGCUUACAACAUUGGUGGCCAUAUCAUAAGUGCAAAUGCCAUAGAGCAGUCGAUAUUUUGCUUCCGUACACCCCGAGUUGGAAGGUGGCUUGAGACCAUUCUUUCCACUGCCUUGCGGAAAAAAUCUGGUGAAGAAAGGCAACUUAUUAGUUCCAAAUUUGGUCUCUCAGAUUCCCAAGCCCCAGUCUGCCUUGCCCUCUGCACUGGAGCUUUUUCUGAUCCUGCGCUAAAAGUCUACACGGCAUCAAAUGUUAAAGAGGAACUAGAAGCUGCAAAAAGAGAGUUUCUUCAAGCGAACGUCGUUGUGAAGAAGUCAAAAAAAGUGUUCUUACCCAAAGUGCUGGAAAGGUUUGCUAAGGAAGCUUCAAUCAACUUGGAUGAUCUUCUCAAGUGGGUCGCUGAAAAUGUUGACAGGAAGCUCCACGAUUCAAUAAUGAAAUGCAUCGAUCAUAAAUCAAACAAAAAGGCAUGUCACGUUGUAGAGUGGUUACCUUACAGUUCAAGGUUUAGGUACGUGUUUUCGAAGGACUUAACAGAGAAGCCAUGCUGGAUCGAUGUUCACUGUAAUGAGCUCAAUGGCAUGGUUUCAAGAGAUGAGACAGUGCCUAGUUGA